UAUACUUGGUGAGUUGUGGGCGCAUCAUAAGAGGGGCAGCAGGCUGCACGCCCGGCCAUACCGUAGGGCACUUCUCUUCUUGUUACCUUAGCUAGGUAGGCAGACCGGCUUUCUCGUAACAUAACGUAGCGUGCUAGGCUAGCUACCCGAGUCGAUCACCGGCGACAUGAUGCGGCGUCCGGCGCCGGUGCUCGUGCUGGCGAUCCUUGCCGUCGCGGCGUCGACGGCGGCGGCCGCGGCGAUCGAGGGAGAGGUCAAGUGCGGUGGGUGCUCGCCGUGCGGCGGCGCUGACUGCCCGGUGCUGUACCCGUCGCCGCCCCCGCCGGCGCUCCCCCCACCACCGCCGUACUACUACUACAGCCCUCCGCCUCCGGCGUAUUACCCCGGGUCAUACUGCCCGCCGCCGCCAGCGGCGUACGUCCAGUUCGGCGGGGGCGCGCAGUCCGGCAGAGGGCCUCUGUACCCGCAGGACCCCGGGUUCAUGCCGUCGAGCGCACCGUCGUCGCACGGGAGCCGCGCCGUACGUCUGUUCACGGCGUGUGCUGCGUUCGCGAGCCUAUGGUUCCUAUGGUAAUCGAUCGGCAGCAAUUGCAAGGUGGCGGACAUCUCCGGUACGUCGCGACGGAGUCACGCCGGCGUUCCAGGGAUCUGCACUCUCUAGUACUCUGGUCAUAUGAUCCGUAUAGUUCUUCUGCCAAUAUAUCAAGUUUUUUUUUCCUUUUUGCUUUGUUUCUCUUUACUCUCUCCUGUGUUUAGAUCAUUCACAGUCACUUGUAAGAAAUUAAUUGCAAAGCAGAAUGUACUGUAGCAGUUCAUUUCAUAUUGUCAAGUCAAUGUCACGAGCUCGUGAUGGGUAUGGAAUUGUGUUCGUCCGUCGGUGAUCUA